AUGAUAACUUUAUAUAUAACUAUACUAUAUCCAGCUGAUAUCGGUGAGGAAACUUAUGAUAAAAGAAAAUUAACUACUUUCGAACUUACUGAAAUUAAAGAAUAUGCAAAAAUUUAUUUUGUUGGUCCACAUGCUAAAAAACAAAUUGAUUUUGAUGAUAAAGAUGGUGUAUAUAAAGUAGUUUUACAUGAUCAUUUAGCUUAUAGAUUUGAAAUAACAAAAUCUAUUGGAAAAGGAAGUUUUGGACAUAUGGCCACCGAAAUCGAAAUUUUGGAGAUUCUUAAAAAACAGGAUGUUGAUGGAAAUUAUAAUAUUAUUCCAAUGAUUGAAUCCUUUACUUUUCGUGAUCAUAAAUGUAUUACAUUUAAAUUACUUAGCAUGAAUCUUUAUGAAUUAUUAAAGAAAAAUAAAUUUGAAGGGUUUCGUUUAACUCUUGUUCGAAAGUUUGCUCUUUCAAUUCUUCAAUGUUUAAAAUUAUUAUAUUCAAAUAAAAUAAUACAUACAGAUUUAAAACCAGAAAAUAUUUUAUUAGAAACACCAACAAAUUGUUUAAUAAAAAUUGCAGACUUUGGAUGUGCUUUUUUUGAAGGACAACCAUUUUAUAAUUAUUUUCAAUCAAGACAUUAUCGAGCACCUGAAGUAAUUCUUGGAGGAAAAAUUGGAAUGGCAUUAGAUAUGUGGUCUUUUGGUUGUAUUUUGGCUGAAUUAUUAACUGGGCGUGUACUUUUUCCUGGUAAUAAUGAAGGAGAUCAAUUAGCUUUAAUAAUUGAAUUGUUGGGAAUUCCGGAUGAAAAAUUGUUAGGAAAAGUUAGACGAAAAAAAGAAUUUUUUAAUUCUGAAGGAAAUCCAUUAUAUUGCGAGGAGAAAAUAAUUGAAGAAAAAACGAUUUUAAAAGGAGGUGAAAAGGGGAACUUAAGAGGUCCUCCAGGAUCGAGAACUAUGCAAGAUGUUUUGAAGGAUAAAGGAAAUGAAUUCUUUUUAGAUUUUUUAAAGCUUUGUUUGGUUUGGAAUCCGGAAAUACGUUUAACACCGAUUCAGGCAGCUAAACAUCCUUGGUUAUGUAAAUAG